AUGGCCAACGACGCCUUUCCCCUUGAAGUUAUUCAAGAAGAAGAACCGGAGGAGGAAUUGGAAGAAUGGCAAACGACCAACGAUCCUGCUGAGCUAAAGCAUUACCGUACUCAGGCAAAGAGAAUUCACACGAAGUCACUCAAUCAAGCUCUCCUUGCCGUCCGGAUGCUAGAAUAUGUUGAUACAGUCAACGUAUAUCGAGUUGGCUUGGUCCGUGCAUACGACAUAGUUGAAAGAAUUCACCGUCGCUACGUGGAAGUCUGUAAGUUCGACGGCGAAGAGCUGGACAGAGAAACCAGCUGGGGAAUUGAUAUUUCCAUCAAACAUUCGAAGGCGUUAGCCGACGUGGCCAACUACUUAGAUUCCUGUCAGGCCCGCGCAAGAUCAGUUGCAGGUUCCAGCCGCAGUAGCACUUCUAACCGUUCAUCAGCCUCAUCGACACGCCGUAAACUUCAAGAGGCAGAGCGGCUAGAAAAGGAAAUGCAACUAAAGAUUCAACAGGAAAGAGCUGAAGCCUUACAACAAGCCGAAGAGGAUGAACGUAUGCAGCAGUUCGAAAUUGCCAGGAAGGCAGAGGAAGAACGUAUGCAGCAGUUGGAAACCGCCAGAAAGGCAGAAGAAAGACGGGUUGAAGCAGCGAGUAGGGAACGACAAUUGCAAAUGGAGCUGGAGAAACAACGCUACACUGGCUCCUUGUUACGCAAACAGCUCGCAGACGAAUUAGCAGUGGCCGAAGAGACCGAUGAAAAGGAAACCCCCGGUUUUGACAAAACAGAUGUCUGGAAACGUUCUGUCGUCCCAUCUCAUCCACCUGCUACGCUUAUCCCAAAUUUCCGUAUACCGUGUGGGACAUCAACGUCAACGCAACCAUGCUCUCAAUACGAGCCGGCUGCGUCUGAACAGCCGUCUACGUCCGACCAGCCGUCCUCGUCGAUUUCCAAGCUAAAUGCCAACGCCUCCAGCUACAUACCACCAAACGUAUUCAACCAGCCAAAUCCAAGUAUAGCUCGGCAAUUCACCUCAAGCGCUCGUCCGUCACUGAUUCCAACAACCACGACGUCGGCGCUACCCGUCCACAACCGAGUUACGCAACAAACGUUUCCGACUCAAAGACCAGUUCACGCUCCACAACCAACGGUGUAUUCUCCUGAUGCCUGGAUAUUCGCCGUGAAUCGUCAUGACGCACCUCCGACAUUUCGUUCAUCAUCGAGACCGCCGAAAGCUGAACCACCGAAGUUUGACGGCAACCCGAUAAAUUGGCUUAUGUUUAUCCAGUCAUUCAAGGUUCAAAUUCACGACACAUGCUUCAGCGAUGCUGAACGUCAACACCAUCUACGUGCAAGCUUGACGACCGAAAUUCAGAACAAUCUUGGCGAAGUUCUGCUCAACCCUGGAUUAUACUCCUUUGCAUUGAAAGAGCUGCAUUGGAAGUUCGGAAAUCCAAGAAUCGUUUCAACCGCAUGCUCUUCAUCUCUCUUAAAGCUACCUUCGUUUAAAGAUAGCGACUACGAAUCGUUAAAGCAGUUUUCGUCCACACUCCGUUCAGUCGUCGCAACUUUGCAACUGGGUGGAUAUGGGCUGGAACUACACAGCAGCACAACCUUGGCUCAAUUGGUUGGAAAAUUGCCGCCCACCUUACGCAGUAAAUGGGCCGAAGUGAGCUAUCGAAUUCAAGAUAGACUGCCCACGAUACUCGACCUGGACACGUGGGUCGAUGACGUUACGAUGGCGGAAUAA